GUUGAAUCCAGACCCCAUAAAUCCUUAAAUCCCCUUCUUUCAUCUUUACCUUUUUCUCUGGGGUUUGUUGUUUGAAUUUUCCAUGGCGGUGGAUUUGAUGAAUGCUUACAGAACCACCGCUCUACACAACAAAAUUGAAGAAAAUUCCGUCCAAGAAGCGGCUGCCGCCGGUCUACAAAGCGUCGAGAAUUUCAUCAGAUUACUAUCUUCAUCUUCACAAUCGUAUCAGAGUAAUACUAACACAACGUCCUCAUCGUCUUCUUCUCCGCCUGCCGGAGCUACGGAUUCAUCUGCAACCACCGACUAUGUAGCGGUUGUAGAUGUUGCAGUUACCAAGUUUAAAAAAUUCAUCUCUCUUCUUGAUCGGAAUCGCACCGGUCAUGCUCGGUUCAGACGUGGCCCUGUUUCUGUUUCUGUGUCUAAUUCUAACCCACCUGAGAAAAUUUCUCCGUUGGUUCCUGCGCCGGCGAGUGUUCCCCAUCAGAAGUUGUAUUCUCCGGCGCCGAUACAGCAGCGUAUGCCACCAGUUCCGCAAUCGACUCUCCACCAUCCGUUGGCGAUAUCCGGAUCGUUUGACCGGAAAGAUUUUCCGGUAACCACCAUUAGUUUUGCUGCUCCUCCUCCUCCCGCCUCUCAGGUGAAUUCCUUUAGGUCGACGUUGACAGGAGACACAGAUAGUUUACAGCCGUCGAUGUCUUCUGGGUUUCAGAUUACAAAUAUGUCUCAGGCCUCCUCUGGUUGUCAGCCGAAUCUGUCAUCUUCUUCUUUCAAAAGGAAAUGUAACUCCAUGGAUGAUUCUCACACCAAGUGCGCUAAUUCUUCUGGGCGUUGCCAUUGUUCAAAGAAAAGAAAAUCGAGGAUGCGGAAGCAGAUAAGAGUGCCGGCGAUAAGCAUGAAGAUGGCCGAUAUACCGCCGGACGAUUACUCGUGGAGGAAAUACGGGCAAAAACCGAUCAAAGGUUCUCCACAUCCGAGGGGUUAUUACAAAUGUAGCAGUCUUAGAGGUUGUCCUGCAAGAAAGCAUGUUGAGAGAGCUUUGGAUGAUGCUUCUAUGCUAAUUGUGACUUACGAAGGAGAACACAACCAUUCUCACAAUGUGAACGACACACCAGGAGCCAUAGUUCUUGAGUCAUCUUGAAUUGCAUGAAAGUAGUGUUCAUUUAAAUCACAAAAAUCGUAAUUUAACAUGAGAAACAAAAUAUAAAUCUCAAUUGUGACUUUUCCAAGUUGUAAAGGGAGAAAGGAUUUGUGUAGCUUAUCAAGAGAGAUUUGAUGUGCAUUUAGACGUUUGUUUUAUAAAUAACUUAAUGUUAAUCUCUCUUCCGUGUA